AGAGAGAUCCAGACAAAAAUGUUGCUCUCACCCUCAUUGGACAGUUGUUUCCAUGGUGCAGUCUGGUUGCCUGGGCAACAGGACACCUUUCCUGGAACACAGUAUCCUCCCCUUCACCACCUUUCCUCAGGGCUUUCCUGUCUGUCCACAGGGCCACAUUGUCCACAACUGGAAGGCACGGUGGUUCAUCCUUCGGCAGAACACGCUGCUGUACUACAAGCUUGAGGGGGGUCGGAAAGUGACCCCACCCAAAGGCCGGAUCCUCCUGGAUGGCUGCACCAUCACCUGCCCCUGCCUGGAGUAUGAGAACCGACCGCUCCUCAUUAAGCUGAAGACCCGGACUUCCACAGAGUACUUCCUGGAGGCCUGUUCUCGGGAGGAGAGGGACGCCUGGGCCUUUGAGAUAACCGGAGCUAUUCACGCUGGGCAGCCAGGGAAGGUCCAGCAGCUCCACAUCCUGAAAAACUCCUUCAAGCUGCCCCCGCACAUCAGCCUGCAUCGCAUCGUGGACAAGAUGCACGACAGCAGCAGCGGGAUCCGGCCGAGCCCCAACAUGGAGCACGGAAGCACCUACAAAAAGACCUUCCUGGGCUCCUCGCUGGUGGACUGGCUCAUCUCCAGCGCCUUCGCCGCCAACCGCCUGGAGGCGGUGACGCUGGGCUCCAUGCUGCUGGAGGAGAACUUCCUCAGGCCCGUGGGGGCCCGCAGCACGGGCGCCGCGCGCUCCGGGGACCUGGCCGAGCACUUCCUGGACGACAACACGGCCCUGUACACCUUCGCUGAGAGCUACAGGAGGAAGGCGGCGCCCACGGAGGAGCCGAGCCUGAGCUCCCUGGAGCUGAGCGGCGCGGUGGUGAAGCAGGGCUAUCUGUGCAAGCAGGGGCACAAGAGGAAGAACUGGAAGGUGCGCCGCUUCGUGCUGCGGAAGGAGCCGGCCUUCCUGCACUACUACGACCCGGCCAAGGAAGAGAAUAGGCCAGUGGGUGGAUUUUCUCUUCGUGGCUCACUCGUAUCUGCUCUGGAGGAUAAUGGUGUUCCCACAGGGGUUAAAGGCAAUGUCCAAGGAAAUCUCUUCAAAGUGAUCACGAAGGAUGACACACACUAUUACAUCCAGGCCAGCAGCAAGGCUGAAAGGACAGAGUGGAUUGAAGCUAUCAAAAAGCUCACAUGACAAGGACCAGGACCCCUCCCCGCUGCGGGCUGGCACAGAGGAUUUCCUGGAGAAUGGGUGUGUGGAGACUUGGGCUAGGGGUGUGCCAAGUGGUAGACUGCCCGAAUUCCCAGGAAAGAAAGAGACUUUGAAUGUACAUCUUGCACUGCUUCGGGUAAGACUGCUGGACAGGUCCUCGGGUGACACGCAGCGGUGGUGCUAGGACGGCACUGGUGCCAGCGUCUUGACUUUCGCCCGUCGGGACGGCCAGCCAUGUCCUUGGGCGCCAGAGCCAAAGCCUUCGAUUGGAACACUAAGUGGCCACGCUAUUUCAGUGAAUUGUCUGAAAUGUCAGUAACUCCUGUCUCCUCCUUUGGAAUUAAUAAAGCCUGACAUUUGUUUGGUUUUUAUUGUUUUCAGAGGCUUCCUACCUGUACAGUCCAUGUAUUAUUCAAGGUGACUAUGGAAAUAUUUCACAUGGUCUGUGUCACUAAGACACUGUGGAGUGGGGAUGCAGGCAGAGCUUCAGUUGAACAUUCAGAGGACAUUGCUUGCCUGGAAAGAAGUCAUGGAUUCACUUGUAGAAAUUAACCACAUCAAAAACAAACAAAAAAAAAAAUUAGUUUUUCUAUGAAAAAUAGGCAUUUAGAAAAAGGACAAAGAGCAGGAGGCUCUCUGAAGGACAGCAAGACAUAAAGAAGUUAAAUCACGACACAAAGUUUUGGUUUUAAAACGAACGUUAAUGGAGAAAGACAGCAAGAAACUUCCCUAGCUGGGAGGUUGGAGUAGUGAAAAGUCUGUAUCAUCCAGUGUUUUUGAAAGAACAGUUUUUAUUACUUUCAAGUUCAUACAGUGAUCUGGCACAAGAUACUGCCAGGAUUCUUGCCAAGUACAAACUACUGGGCUUCAAUAAAAUACGUAACUUACAGGUACGGGGAAUGGGAACUUCCAAAGUGCUUAAGCAAAAUGUGUUCUCUAAUAGAUUCCUCUCUGUUCUUUUUUUGCAACUUUCGGCUGAGUAGCCCAGGCUGGCUUGGAACUUGUGACCCUCCCGCCUCCCAAGUGCUGAUUGCAGGUGUGUGCCACUGUGCCCAGCUCAAUUUCCUCCUCUCGAUCUUACCUGGAUUACUUGACCUAACUACCAGGACUUAAGAUGUCUUUCCCUGUUCCUUUCGUUUUAGAUUGCCUGUUCAGGCACCAUCUUCCUUUUGGCAUUUCACAAGCCUUAAUGUCCCUGUACUUACUUUUAUUGCCUUUUGAAUACUGACAGGUGCUUAUCUGAAUUAAACUAAUUCGGUUUCAUGGCUUCCUGCCUCCAA